CAAUACGUCAAUUAGUUACAGUCACUCUACAGUCCUAAUUCAGGAGGUAAAGUGAAAAAUUACAGAUAUGAAAAUUUUUGCAUUGUUGUGUUGUCUGUUUGCGGUAGCAACCGCUAGUUACAGUCCAUAUAAUGGAAUUGGUCUGUAUGGAUAUGGAAGCUAUCAUGGACCUCAACAUCUUCCAGUAAUUGGACCAAAUGGUGUGCCAUUAGAAGAACCUGCAAAUGUAGCAGCUCGUCAACAACAUGCUGCAGCCGUUGUUGAAGCAAAAGCGCGUAAUGGAGAUUAUGGUUAUGGUGGAUAUGCUGGAGCAUACGGGUAUGCUGCUGGUGUACCAGCUGUGGCUUAUGGUUAUGGCCACGGCUAUGCUGCACAUGGUGUACCAGUAAUUGGACCCCAUGGUGUCCCAUUAGAACUCCCAGCAAAUGUUGCUGCUCGUGCACAACAUGCAGUAGCUGUUGCACAAACUAAAGCCCGUGAUUAUGGUUAUGCAGGUGCAUUGUAUGGUGGACACGGAUUAUAUGGACAUGGAUUAUAUGCUGCACAACACGUUCCAGUUAUUGGACCACAUGGUGUUCCAUUAGAACCACCAGCAAAUGUGGCUGCACGUCUCCAACAUGCUGCAGCACAUGCCGCAGCCAGAGCACACACCGGAUAUUAUGGCCAUUGGCGUAAGCGUCGUAGUGUUUAUGGUGCAUAUUAUGGUGGAUAUCCAGGACCACAACACAUCCCAGUCAUUGGACCAAAUGGUGUUCCAUUAGAACCACCAGCAAAUGUAGCAGCUCGUGCCCAACACGCUGCAGCACAUGCUGCUGCUAGUCAUGGUGCCUACUAUGCACCUGGUGCAUAUGGAGCCUAUGGUGGCUAUGGAGCUUAUGGUGCCUAUGGAGCUUAUGGACAUGGAGUACCACUUACAAUUAAUGGUGUACCACAAGACACACCUGCAGUAGCUCAUGCUAAAGUAGCACACUUUGCUGCUGUUGCCGAAGCUAAAUCACGUGUUGGGUUAGGAUAUGGUGCUCCAUACGCCGGGCUUUAUGCAGCUGGGCCAUAUGCCGCACCAUAUGGUUAUGCUCGUUUAUCUCAUAGUGGUCUCCCAUUAGAUACUCCAGAAGUAGCUGCUGCUAAAGUUGCACAUUUAGCUGCACAUGCCGCGGUUGCUCAUGGCGCCCAUUACUAAAGUAUUUAACAUGCAGUUCAUUUUUCUUCCCUUUUCCUAGGCCCACCGUUGACUGCGCGCCUUAAACUUUAUUUAAUGUAGUGAUAUUAUUUUUAUUUUUAUUU